AUCGUGGGAGCAAAGAACAGGACCCAGUGCUCUCCCAUAAAGGACAACUGUUUCCAGUACACCAUCCCUCAUGAUGACUCCUUAAGUGGUUCUUCAUCUGCCUCUUCAUGUGAACAAGUGAAUGAUUUCCCAGCAUCCUUCCGAAAAUCUUCAUACUGGAGGAAAAUGAAGAAGAUCAAGCAAGCUGCUUCUCCUCACAUUGAAGGGUCAGGUGGAGUGUCUGCCAAAGGGAAGAGGAAACCCCUGCAGGAAGAGGAUGAAGACUAUGGACAGUUUCCUCAGAAGAAGCAUAAACUUUAUGGGAGGAGGCAAUGGCCUAAAACUCAGCCUAAUCCCAAACCCCAGGCUCGCCGUAUACGGAAGGAACCGCCAGUUUAUGCAGCAGGCAGUUUGGAGGAACAGUGGUACUUAGAAAUUGUGGAUAAAGGCAGUGUUUCCUGUCCUACCUGCCGGGUAGUAGCGAGGAAGACCAUAGAGGGUUUGAAGAAACACAUGGAAAACUGCAAACAGGAAAUGUUUACUUGCCAUCACUGUGGGAAACAACUGCAUUCCUCAGCAGGGAUGAAGUAUCAUGUCAUGGCGAAUCAUAAUAGUUUGCCCAUUUCAAAGACUGGAGAUGAAAUUGAUGAGCCAAGUGAGAAGGAACGGCUCCGAACAGUUUUAAAGAGACUGGGAAAACUCAGGUGCAUGCGAGAGAGUUGCUCCACUACCUUCAGCAGCAUCAUGGGAUAUCUGUACCAUGUUAGAAAGUGCGGCAAAGAGGCUGCAGAGCUGGAGAAGAUGACCUUAAAAUGUCACCACUGUGAAAAACCAUAUAGGUCUAAGGCUGGUCUCGCAUAUCACCUGAGGUCAGAACAUGCACCUGUCUCCUUCUUUCCGGAGUCAGGACAGCCAGACUGCUUAAAGGAGAUGAAUCUGGAAGCAAAGAGUGGGGGGGGAGUUCAGAGACGCUCUGCCAAGAUUGCUGUGUACCACCUGCAGGAGCUGGCCUCUGUUGAACUGGCCAAGGAGUGGCCUAAGAGGAAAGUGCUCCAGGACCUGAUACCUGAUGACCGGAAGUUAAAAUGUACUGGACCUGGGCUGCCUACUUUCAGCCAGGAAGUACUACACAAAUGGAAGACAGAUAUCAAGAAGUAUCAUCACAUUCAGUGUCCUAACCAGGGUUGUGAGGCUGUGUACAGUAGUGUGUCUGGCCUUAAAGCUCACCUUGGCUCGUGUACAUUGGGAACUUUUGUGGCUGGAAAAUACAAGUGUCUUCUAUGCCAGAAAGAGUUUGUGUCAGAGAGUGGUGUUAAGUAUCACAUCAACUCUGUCCAUGCUGAGGAUUGGUUUGUUGUAAACCCAACAACAACAAAAAGCUUUGAAAAGCUGAUGAAGAUAAAGCAGAAACAGCAAGAGGAAGAAACACGCAGACUGGAGCACAGGAGCAGGAGGUCACUAAGAAGGCUGCAGCAGCCUGGCAUUGAGCUUCCUGAGACCCAACUGAGCGUUAGAGUAGGGAAGGAUCAGAGGAGGAAUAAUGAG